UCGAUGAAGAAGAGUUGGUUGAGCAAUGUCUUUUGCCAGACCUGCAUGAAUUUGACAGUAAAGAGAUUGAGGACUUUUUGGAACAAUUCAACUGCCGAACAGUCUUGAAUGAAAACAAUUGUCAGAAAGUGAUCACUGACAUUGCCAAACAAGAGCGGACUCAAAAACCCCAUAUCAUGUUAUCUACAUGACAGCCCAUCCUUUCUGAGCUUAAUGUGUACCAGCCAUUUCAGUCAUUUGAGGAGCUUGAAAUGUUUUAUGACUCUAUAAAGCCUACAAACAAGAAAGUUCUUCACCUUCUGCAAGCUAAACCAAACACCGAGGGGGAACGUGAUGCCUUGAAGUUCUUGCAGCGUUACAUUAGAGGUUUAGAUACAGGUAACCUAGGGCAUUUUCUUCGCUUUACCACAGGAGCCGAUGUUUUAAUUGUGAAUAGUAUAUCUGUGUCAUUUAUUAAAGUCAAUGGGAUUUUUAAAACCGCUGUCGCACACACAUGCGGCCCAGUGUUAGAGUUACCUUGCACUUAUCAGGAUUUUUGUGAGUUAAGAAACGUUUUCAACAAUAUACUAGCCAAACCCGAUUGGGAACUGGACAUUGUUUAG